GUUUUGCGACGCAAGUGUUUCGUCGAUUUAGUUAAUUUCUUGUAAUCUUAUCUCAUAUAAAAUUGAGAGUGCUUCUGGACUGUUUAGAACAAAAUGGUGUUCAAACUUUUACGCACAGACACUGAGGAGCCACAAAAAAUACAACUUCCUCUUGGAACUCAUUUGAUCGGACGAGGAAAACUUUUGGAUUGUGAAGAUAAAAGAGUUUCUAGGAAUCAUGGAGAGUUGAACAUUGUUGAUGACUCUAUAACCAUAAAGGCGCUGCACCAAAACCCAUGUUUCUAUGUAAAAAAAGGAACUGACCAGACCCAAGUAUUAAAAAUAAAUUGUACAGCAAGUCUUUGUAAUGGGGAUAAAUUUGGUCUCCUACCUGAUUCAUACUGGUAUGAAGUGCUGCAUUGCACAUCUAUUGAUUUAAAUCAGUCCCCUGAACUAAGUAGUACUGUGCCUGAUGAUGAAAUUGAAGAUCAGGCAUCUAGAGACAGUGUAAGAACUAUAAAUGGUCCUGGUUGUGAUACACAAGUAAAUGAUACAAAUGGGGCACUUGACAACGAAGAUAGACCUGAAUCCCCUUCUUUGAUUAGAAACGGAUCUCCAAAUCCAGAAAAUGUGAAUAUGCUUGAAUUGCCUUCGCCGGCUCAAAAACCUGAAUCCUCAUCAUUGAUGGAAAGAACAGGGUCUCCUUCAUUACUUACAUCAACAACAGAUGAUCCUGAAACAACAGAAAAUCAGGACAAUCCUAUUAAAGAACCAAAAUCUCCAUGUAAGAGGUGUCAAACUCCAGACUCUUCAGAUGCUAAAAGAGUGAAGACAGAGCCAGUGGAAGAUCAACAAAUGGCAAAUAAUGACCCUGUAACAGUGAAACAGGAACCUGACAUUGUUCCAGGACCUAGUAAUGAUCAGGUGGUGGAUGCAUCGAAAGCAGAUGACGGGAAUAAUACUCAACCUUCGCCUGCAAAGCCUCCAAGUGGAAUGGGAAGAGAAAGAUGCAUGUAUGGUGCUAACUGCUACAGGAGGAAUCCUCAACACAAGACUCAAUUUGCACAUCCGUCGGAUGCAGACUGGGGUGUGGGCGAGCGUGGCGUGUGUCCCUGGGGUUUGGGGUGUCGUCGCCGCAACCCGCGCCACUGGGCUAACCACGAUCACCCGCCGGGUGCUCAAAGACCUGGGUCUCCUCCGCCAGGUAUGCGAGUGGUCCAAAGACACGGCAAUGUAUUCUACAUCAAUGCGCGUACAGUAAAUUUCUACGAUGAUCACUUUCAAGUUGAGGAUUCUGAUGGAGACAGUGUAGACUUUGACUAUGAAUUCUAAAUGUGUUACAGAUAAUUGAACAAUGCCGUUUUGUAAAAUUUCGAGAGUUACCAAAUCGUUGUUUCUAAUUUAUUUAAAAAAAUUGCAAGAGAAAGAUUGACAGAAUGAGGAGUUAAUGCUUUUAAGAAUCAAGAUUUUAUAGCUUCAACUAGC